CAGGUAGAGGAUGCCAGUCCGUCUGUUAAAUUAUCUGAGGGUAGUAAUAAAUUAAAUGAAGAUGUGACUAGAGAAGUAAAAGUUAAAAGAUCAGACUCACUCACCAAAUCAGAGAAAACAGAAAAUAAUCUUAAAGAAAAGACAGAAAAGAGGGCCCGAGAGCUGAAGAGGACAGAUACUCAGGAAAGUCUAAAUGAGAAGAAACCAAAGGAAAUGAAAAGAUCAGAUGGCCAGGAUGGCUUAGGAAGGUCACGUGACUUACCAAGGAAAUCAGAGGCCAGAGAAAAUUCCAUCUCUUCUGCAAGAAGAAGUUCUGAUGUGCGGAGUAGAAGGCAUAAUGUGAAAGAACUGAAAGAAAAAUUUGAACAGAACACAGACAGUCAACCAAGUAGCAGUCCCAUGAAGCCAUCAAAUAGUAAUCACUACAAUAAUAUCAGCAGCAGUAGCAAUAAAACUAGUAAGUCUAGCAUGCGGCGAUCAGGUUAUCGUGGGCACAUCAAAAGACGCCACACUGUAGGAGGCACGAAGGACUUAGCCAAGUGGGCAUGGUUACAUAGUGGGGAAAUGUCUAGAAGUAGUCCCCGUUCUACUCGUCUUUCAGCAUGGGAGCGAUUGCAACCACUUGUGGCAGAUGAGAGGUUGAACACUGACAGGUCUUUAGAGGCAUGGUUAGCCCGUGAACGUAUAAGGACAUCUUCACCUGACUUAUCUAGACCACAGCAGUUAGUUCUUCCAUGUGACAUGGAUGAUAAGGAAAACCUUCAUCGUCGCCUAAGUGUCCAGGAGGUUGUCCUGAAUCCACUGUAUCCUGUGCUGGAGAGUCAUGUGUAAAUGGUGUCUGGGACCUAAGUCCUUAUCAGUGUUUAGGUUACUCUUUUCAUCUGAUCCAAUACCUAUUAAUUGUGCUGAAAAUAUAUUUCCUCUAAUACAAACAGUUAGGAAUGUUUAAGUGUUGGAUUCUAAGAAGGGUAAUGAACAGUGCUGUGAUUUUUAUCUCUUUUAAGUCUUCUAAACGAGCAUAUCACUGUAUAUAGAAAUUUAUCAACUUGUGAACUUGACCUGUACAGCUUAGAUGACUAAACUCAUCCUGUAUAUAAAGUUUAUAGAUACUAGUUAAUAAUUCAUUGCAUUUUCACCUGUAUAAUAUUCAAAUAUGAAUAUAUGGGAUAAAUACUAUAGAAUUUUAUAGCUUUGUAAAUAUCAUGCCAGUCUUGCUAAGCAAGAGAUUCAUGUUGCAUGGAUAUGAAAGCUACAUUUGUCUGCCAAUUUUCAUGUAUGCUGCAAACAUUUAAAAAAAAUGAUAGUUAU